GAUAUUGAACAUUUUUUGACGACAUUUGAACGUAUGGCUCUCGUUUGCCGGUGGAAAAGAGUGGAUUGGGUUUUCUAUCUGAUUCCACUACUCACCGGUAAAGCAAGAGGUGCGUAUGUCCAUAUGGAUAUGGAGGACUCUUUGGAGUAUGAUAAAGUUAAAGAAGCUGUUCUUCAAAAAUAUGACAUCAAUCCUGAGACGUACAGAUUGAGAUUUCGAUCACUGGAAGUAAAAGCGGAUGAAACUCCAAAAGAACUGUAUGCAAGACUGAAAGAGUUAUACGGAAAGUGGGUGAUGCCAAAACAAAAAACUGUGCAUGAGGUCAGUGAAAUAAUCAUUUUUGAACAAUACUUAAGAAUGCUGUCUCCUGAGUUGCAGAUAUGGAUAAAAGAACAUAACCCAACGUCGGCUGCAGAAGCUGCACAGUUGGCUGAUGUGUUUGUGGCCGCACGGAAAAAGGGACAACCAUCGAAUCAAACAGCAUGGAAAGUGAGGGAGGUUUCAAACCCUGUUCCCCACUAUCAAAAGGCAGGGGAGAGUAAACCUGUAAAGACCCAGCCAUGGAAUGCACCAUCAAGAGCCCCAACCAAGACAGUGAUUUGUUAUCUGUGUGGGAUGGAAGGGCACACAAGACCAAUGUGCCCGAAAAACUCUACAAAGAUAACACAAAUGUGUUUCGGGCCGAGAAAAAGCGUAGAUUCUAAAGUACCUUUGGGCUUGAGGACGACCUUAAUUGAAGUUGAGGGUAAGCAAUUAAAGGCCCUCAUUGAUUCAGGAAGUACACAAACCCUGGUACACAGAGACUUUGUUCCAGCAAAUAAAGUGAAUGUGGAAACAAUGCCUGUCCGUUGUGUUCACGGACAUGAGUUAUUAUAUCCAACAGCAGAGCUGUAUAUUAAAGUACAAGGCCAACUUUACCUUUUAAAUAUUGGUGUGGCUGAGAACUUGCCAUUUCCAGUAGUUUUGGGGCAAGAUCUGCCGGUGUUGUGUGAUUUAUUGACCUCUAGCAAUAUGUGUAAUGUGGCGUUAACCAGAUCUCAGGCUAGUAAAAGGGAGGAGUUUCUGCAACCGCUCUGUGCCUUGCCUUUUUAUGAUGCAGACCUAGAGACCGUGCCCGGGAAGUCUCGCAAGUCCCGCAAACAGCGACGGCAAGAGAAAUUUCAACACACUGUUGUAGAACCAUCUUCUAGCCCUAAGCCUGAGUUACCUUUGGGGUUUAAAAUCCCUGCUAACAUCAUUGAGAUGCAACACAAUGAUCCAGCUUUAACGCCUUUAUUUCAGAAAGCAGAGGGAAACCAACAACCUGAACGAGGUUCAACCAAGCGGGAGGAAUUUUUUUGAAAGAUGGCAUCCUGUAUUGUCAACAGGGGUCAGCAUUGCAGUUGGUGGUUCCUAGACCAGUCCAGAAGGUGGUGUUGUCCUUAGGACACUCCAUUCCAUGGGCUGGCCAUCUUGGAAAGCACAAGACAAUGGCCCGCAUCAGAAAAUAUUUUUUCUGGCCUGGAAUGCAGGCUGAUGUGGCUUUGUUCUGCAAGGGCUGCCCUCAGUGCCAAAGGUCUUCUCUGAAGAUCCCCUCCAGAGCUCCUCUUCAGUCGUUACCAAUUAUCAACACCCCAUUUGAACGGCUGGGAAUGGACAUUGUUGGUCCCC